CCAAUUAAAAUCCAAUUGUAUUUGGAUAUGCAAUUUUUUGUAACUGGAAUGGAUUUGAUACUUGAAAAUGGAUUGGUUUAAAGCCUAGACACCAAAAACCUUCCACCUUGCCGCCUGGGCAUCUUCAGAAGUUACAUAAAAGAUUACUUUCCUAAUAAAUAGUGUCAUUUUGUCUUCAGUAACGGCUUUUGGGUCAGUUCACUAGGGUUGAAUAUAUCUUUGUUGGUAGAGACAGUACAGAAUCGCUUGCAUUUCUGGGCUUAUAGUAUCCUAAAUUCUAAUGGGUGUGCUUGAUAUAUAUAGUGCUUCCUCUAAUUGCUUCUUCAGAACCAAUUCGAAUCAAAGACCAAUAGCACCAGGGUCUGCUUUUCUCGGGAACAAGAGCAGGGUCGUUUCCAUGGCGUCCGUACAGCCUGUGGAGCAGCAAGUCAACGACGGCCAACAACAAGUCACUGGAGACUCUUUUAUUCGAUCCCAUUUCAGAAAAUUGUCUCCUUAUCAGCCCAUUUUGCCAUUUGAGGUUUUAUCAUCCCAACUUGGAAGGAAGCCUGAAGAUAUAAUCAAACUAGAUGCAAAUGAAAACCCAUAUGGUCCUCCCCCGGAGGUUUUUGAGGCUUUGGGUUCUUUAAAAUUUCCUUAUAUCUAUCCUGACCCUGAAAGCCGUCGGCUACGUGCUGCUCUUGCUGAGGAUUCGGGCCUUGAAGCUAAUUACAUACUUGUGGGAUGUGGUGCAGAUGAGUUAAUUGAUUUGAUUAUGCGAUGCGUGCUUGAUCCUGGUGACAAGAUUGUAGACUGUCCUCCAACUUUUACCAUGUAUGAAUUUGAUGCUGCAGUUAAUGCUGCAGGUGUCAUCAAAGUUCCGAGGAAAUCUGAUUUUAGCCUGGAUUUGGAACUCAUUAAAGAUGCAGUUGAACGGGAGAAACCCAAAUGCAUAUUUCUAACAUCUCCUAACAAUCCAGAUGGGAGUAUAAUUAGUGAUGAUGAUCUCUUGAAGAUCCUCAAGCUUCCCGUGUUGGUGAUCCUUGAUGAAGCAUACGUUGAGUUUUCCACAAUUGAAUCUAGGAUGCAAUGGGUGAAGAAGCAUGAGAACUUAAUUGUUCUUCGAACAUUCAGCAAAAGAGCUGGUUUAGCUGGAUUACGGGUAGGAUAUGGUGCUUUUCCAUUGAGCAUUAUUCAGUAUCUUUGGAGAGCAAAACAACCCUACAACGUUUCUGUUGCUGCUGAAGUUUCUGCUUGUGCAGCAUUGAAGAAUCCUACCUAUUUAGAGAAUGUGAAAGAUGCUUUGCUAAAAGAACGAGAGAGGCUGUACAACCUUCUCAAAGACGUGCCUUUUCUAAACCCAUUUCCAAGCCAUUCUAAUUUCAUUCUCUGCAAGGUUACACCUGGGAUGGAUGCGAAGAAGCUAAAGGAGGACCUUGCAAAAAUGGGAGUGAUGAUCCGUCAUUACAAUAGCAAAGAACUAAAGGGUUUUGUUCGUGUAUCUGUUGGGAAGCCUGAACACAGUGAUAUUCUGAUGGAAUGCCUCAGACGGUUCUAUUAAUCCCAGUUUAAAGCUUUAAGAUUUGUUUUCUUUUCCUUUUCUCGAAUGAAGAGCCAGAGCCUUCGUUGAAAUUAAACAAUUUGAAUUACUGUUUCAAAAGGGUAAAGAAGUUUUCAUUAAAAUUGAACCAUGUUUGUGGAUGGUUACUGUACUACUACUUUGGUAGAAGUUGGGUUAUAUAUGCUCACAAAUAUUGGUCUCAA